UUGUCAGACUGCAGAGUCUUGUGCAUGUCUUCGAAGAGCUGGUAAUUAAAGUCAGACUGUAGAAACAGUUUCUGUCGCAGAUAAAUCCAUUGAAAAACGCGUAGGGUAAUUUUGACAGUGCAAAGUACAUUUUUGUUUUACAUAAUUAAGUUAGCUUUUUUCUGUAUUGAUUUAAUUAAUAAUAAUAUCAGGUGGCCCACUGAAAAUUAGCUACUGACCAUGCAAACAGCUGACAAGUGCAAUCAAGAGAAAUUGCAGCACUGCAAACAAAAAGCGGGAUGCUGCAUAGAUUCAGCUAAGGACAAGCUGUUCGCCUUGAGUAAAGACAUAUGGAGCUGCCCAGAACUAGCGUACGAGGAAAAGCAGUCUCACGACAUCCUCGUUCGCUUCUUCACGGAGACAGAGAAGGGAUGGAGCGUUGAGCGUCAUUACAAACUGGACACGGCGUUCCGGGCCACUUGGGGACCCACCGGAGGCAACAAGGGGGGUGACACGUUAAACAUUGGGUUUCUGUGCGAGUAUGACGCAUUGCCAGGUAUCGGUCACGCAUGCGGACAUAACCUGAUCGCUGAGGUUGGUGCUGCCGCAGCUGUGGGAAUGAAAGGGGCGUUGGAGGCGCUGGUCGAUCCGCCAGUUCGAGUAACGGUAACUGUGAUUGGCACUCCUGCAGAAGAAGACGGAGGUGGCAAGAUUGACCUGAUUGAAGCGGGAGGCUUUGAAGACCUGGACCUGGUGUUCAUGGCACACCCAUCGCAGGAGGAUGCAGCCUACCUUCCUGACAUGGCUGAAGAUGAUGUGACGGUGAAGUACUAUGGAAAGGCCUCUCAUGCUGCAGCGUAUCCAUGGGAAGGGAUUAAUGCUUUAGAUGCUGCUGUCCUCGCUUACAACAACUUGUCUCUGCUGAGGCAGCAGCUGAAGCCUGACUGGAGACUCCACGGUAUCAUUAAACAUGGAGGGGUGAAGCCGAACAUCAUUCCAGCAUACUCCGAGCUGGACUUCUAUCUGCGCACCCCGAAGCGCAGGGACCUCCCGGUUCUCAGAGCGAAGGCGGAGCAGUGUUUCAGAUCUGCUGCCAUGGCAACCGGGUGCCGAGUAGAGCUGCAGUACGGGCCUCACGAGUACCACAAUGUUCUUCCUAACAAGACACUCGCGCGGCUGUAUGAGGAGAAUGGGAAGGCACUUGGCAUUGAAUUCACAACAGACGAGCAGGUCCUCAACACCCAAUCUGGAUCCACUGAUUUUGGAAAUCUGUCCUUUGUUGUUCCUGGAAUCCAUCCCUAUUUUUACAUUGGCUCUGAAGCACUGAAUCACACUGAAGAGUACACUGCAGCUGCCGGUUCUGAUAAGGCCCAGUUUUUCACCUUGCGGACGGCUAAGACACUGGUGAUGACAGCGCUGGAUGUUCUGUUUAACCCAGAGCUUCUGAAGCAGGUGAAAGAAGACUUCCGCCUGUCCAAGCUGAAAGAAGAAUGUGAAGUGAGAGGAAGGGAGAACGGCAAUGGGCCAGGGCCUGGGCAGUGGGGUGGGGCAGCCAGCGCCUCCCGCUGAACCCUAAGUGAGCUUACAACUGCCAUCCCUCACUCCACUCAAAUUAGACCACAAUCAAAUAAUUGUCUCUCUUUUUUUAUUAUUAUUAUAUUUUUUUUUUUUUUUUUUUUUUUUACACAUGUUGAUUCAAAGGGACCCAUGUAUACUGCUACUUUUAAAGUUUUUCUUCUUAGCUUUUUAAAGGAGGGUGUAAGCUGUUCCUUUCUGGUGUUGCCUGAACUACACCGCUACGCAAAUCAACUAAUGAGCAGUUCAAAAUGAGCAGCCAUGUCAUAGCGCCAUGACAGUAUGGUAGCGUAGGACAGUAAAAUGAAUGCAAUAUGUGAAGCACAUGAGUUCAGAACUUGCCAUGAAGCCAUUGCAAAAUCAGACUUCAUAAAGAAUACUGUAUAUUUUUUACAAAAUGUAAAGGAUAUGGAAGGACAUUUAUAUGGAUGGUUGGUACAAUAAAAAGGGCAAUAGAGCUGUCCAAAAGCGUGAAAAAAUGUAAGGGCCUGGCACUGGUCCUUUGGCUGGGAGAAGAGACCUGGGUUCAAACUCGGCACACACGUGAAUUUGAAGGUCUCAAGUGGGCUCCCAUGCAUUUACCACAGAAAAAAAAAAAAUAUAUAUAUAUAUAUAUAUAUAUAU